CUAACUAUUCUUACAUUUGUUUACAGUCAUGCAUCUUAUAUAAAUAUAAUAAAAAAAAGGUCAAUUUUUUUUUUAAUAUCUACAAAGAAUUUAUUUUAUAAAAUAAAUAUUUGUGAAAAUGGCAGAUGACAGCAAUGUAUUAUUUGUAAGAGGAAAUGGAAAUGAAGAUGAUGAUAGCGAUAUUGAUUUUGUUUGGGAUGAUACGGCGUUGAUAAAAGCAUAUGAUAAAGCUAUAAAUUUGGCUAAGGAAGAAGUUGCUAAACGAAUUGGUAUUGAUGUUUCAAGUUCUGUUUCUAAAUUAAAACCACAACAACAGAAACAAUCUCGUAAACAGAAGAAGAAAUGGUGUAUUGGAUCUCCGUGUCGCGCUGUAUAUUCAGAAGAUGGUGAAGUUUAUGAAGCUAUUAUAACAAAAAUUUAUGAGAAUUGUGGAACAUGUAUUGUAAAAUUUGUAGGUUAUGGCAAUACAGAAAAGGUAGAAUUGAGCAGUCUUUUAGAAUCAGAAGGAUUACAAAGUCAAAUUGCCCAGCAAAAGGAUGCGCUAGCAGAAAGAUGUACUGAAGAAAAUAUGGAUCAGAGUGAGACAGAUUGUUUUGAUUCUAGUGCUAAGAAAGUUAAUGGCGUUGUUGAUGAAAAUAUGGAAUUUGAUUUUGAAGCAAAAGCAUCUCAAAACUUUAUCAAUUCGGACUCAUCGUUUAAUUCUUUCUUAAAUAUGAUGCCUCCUGCCCCUCCUUUACCACCUCAAUUAAUGGCUAAGCUUCCAGAAAAUGAUGCUGAUGCUCUUUCAAGUAUGUUAAUGUCAUGGUACAUCAGUGGAUUUCAUACGGGAUACUAUCAUGGUUUGAAACAUGCGAGGGACAAUCAUCUGAAAAGAAAGAAUUGUUGAUUUCAUAAGAAUAACAAUUAAUUAUAUCACUUACGAAAUAUAUCUUCUUUUCAUCUUUAAUAU